UAAGCUGUCCGUUCGAGAAAAUCCUUGCAGCUAGCUACUAAUUAACCUUGAUCGCCGUUCGACCUAGGUAGUGACGUGUCGACUCAGAAGUCAUCUUUCUCGCGGCCCUUGCUCCGUCGCCGUCGCACCACCCACCGAAAUUCCCCUCAGCGCACGCACGGAUAUCAUUAAGUCCGACACAGCGCAUUAGUCAAACUUCGGGCUCUUAGCAGUAGGUUGGUAAGCCAUGCAGCUGCACAAGGUUUGUGCGUCAGUACCGGCUGCUGCGCUUCCAUCACUCAGUCACCCACGCCAGUUAUCCUCGUUUGCAGCCAACCCAGUCCAACGCGUUGGAAUCUCCGUUACUAGACAACGCGUUACCAGUGUAUGCCGUGCGAGUCGGGAGCCAGACGCGGAGCGAUGGUCAGGGAUAGUCCUAGAAGACGAAGAAGAUUAUAACGAGAGAAGCUACAGUGCACCGAACUACAGUAAUAGUAACAGGUGGAGUAGCAACAACCGGAGCAACAGCAGGAGCAGCAGCAGCAGCAGCAGAAACAGAUUCGAUUGGUCGUGGCUUCCUAGGUUCGGCAAAGGUAGCAAUAAGGGAGGGAGAGGAGAGAGAGGAGGGAGCAGAGGGAGAGGAGGAGGAGGAUGGGGGGGAGGAGUAGGGGGAGGAAGAGGAGGAGGAAGAGGAGGAAGAGGAGGAGGAAGAGGAGGGGGAGGUAUAGGAGGCGUGGACACGGACUGGCUUGCGCCAUCAGCGGAGAACGCCCUUGCGGUGGUUCUCGCCGGGGUGUUUGCCUGCGCGCUGCUGUACCUCUCCUGGCAGGUCCUCGUGUCCACUAUAGUCAUCCUCGUUGCUUGCUUCAAGUACGUCUUCCUAGCUAUUGCUAUCAUAGCUGCCUUGUUAUUCGCCCUAUAAGGUUAGGUGAUUUUUUCUUGUGGAUACAGUGGAGGGGGGGGGGGGAGAAAGAGGAGGUGAAUGGGGGAAGAGGAGGAGAGGAGGCAUGGGAGGAGGAGGAAGAGGAGGGGGAGGUAUAGCCUUAUAUGAGGCAUGGACACUGAUUGGCUAGCGCCUUCAACAGAGAACGCCCUAGUGGUGGUUCUAGCCGGGGUGUUUGCCUGCGCUCUGCUCUACCUCUCCUGGCAGGUGCUUGUCUCCACUAUAGUCAUCCUUGUUGCUUGCUUCAAGUACGUCUUCCUAGCUAUUGCUAUCAUAGCUGCCGUGCUGUUCGCCCUGUGAUAUAAUAAUCAGACUGUAGGGUCUACACCACACCACACUACAACAGAGUGUAAACUGCAUUACACUAAAUUAUGAAGUGGAGA